UGGUCUGUUGCUUGAAUGCGAUCUAUUUUCGGAGAAAAAAAACUGAUCAAAUUGAUUGAAAAGUUAAUCAACUUUAAUCCACUUUGAUUAAAAAUAUCAGUAACACAUUAAAUUUCAGUAUUAUUCGAGCUGUUGGUUUUUUACAGAAUCGCAUAGACUUGCGGAACUCCAACCACCGUUACGAUACCGACCAAGCAACUAUUUGGCACCUAUUGAAUUUGUCUUUUGUAUUAAAUCGGUCAAAAAAUUUUGCUUCAAAAGACCCUAUUAUUCGAGAAAUUUUAGUGUGAAGAUUAGAUAGAGCAACCGGUCAACUUUAAUGAACUUUGUAAGCUGUCAGCUCUUCGGAUAUUUCAAAGGUAAAAAUGGUCUCAAUUACCCGGCUUGAAGUCCUUUUGCCUCUGACCAAUCAGGGUUAAAGAUAGUUACUAUCACGCUUUCAAUCCAUUUUAAGCCCCGUCAAUUCAACCGCAUCGACACUGUCACAAAUCACAAGUAACUUCUAACCUUUUUUAUCCGGGGUAUAAUCCCCCGAUAAAUUUCAUUAUUACUUUCUUAUUCCAGAAUAAAUGCAGUCCUAAAAACUUGACCUUCUGCGCCGUUAAAUGAAAAUAUCUCAGGGUACAAUUUGAAGAUACCUGUAAAAUAUUGCUUUCUAUUAUUUAUUUUAUUCAAACUCGUUUUUUAUUCAUUUUACUUGCUGGAAAAUAGCCCAAUCACUUCUGCUCAUUUGAACUCAAUUUAUUUUCCCGCAGCUUUCUUAUUUUCUCUGAAAUCGAAAAAUUACCUUCUCAAACUGUCCAAGUUAUGUACUACCUUGUUUGUUUAAUUUUUCUGCAAUUAACAGCUUCGGAACUGGAGUAUACACCCCACCCCCACUGGGACGAGGUGGAGCAGGACGUGGGGAAGGGACUGGUGCGGGAAAUAUUACGUAACAGCAGUCGCAGUCUCCGCCCAGUGACCUCAAGUGAGAGGAAACUGAUGGUCAGCUGCGAGUUUGACCUCUACCAACUCAACGACCUCAAUGUAGUCGAACAAGUUGUGGAUGUGACGAUGUGGGUGGGGCUGCACUGGUUCAACGAGAAGGUAUCCUGGGACCCGUCCAAAUACGAAGGCAGGAAGAGGGUGGACUUCACCGAGAAGUCUGACAUGUGGAUGCCCGAUGUGGUGUUCUACAACCAGAUAGACGGAGCCCCCCUGACUAAAGAACUAAUGGCCCCCUACAGACUGUACAACACAGGGGAGACAUACUUCUCCCAGUCUAUCAGGAGCAGCUUCCUCUGUCCCCUAGAUGCCAGCUACUUCCCCUUUGAUGAACACGUGUGCAGUCUCAAGUUUGGACCCUGGACUUACAAUACCGAGGAGUGUGACGUCGAAGGAAUUCGUCUCACAAUGAAUUUUCUCCUACCAAAUACAGUGUGGGAAGUUCUCAACCUCAGUUCGAAACACGUGUGUGAAGACUACGGCGACGGAAUCGGCAACUUCUCCGCUAUAAUUUAUUCAAUUCGGGUUCGGAGACGAAGUCAAUUCUAUGUAGCCAACAUUAUCAUACCGAGCGUCGCAAUCAGCUACUUAACAGUGUUUAACUUCAUAAUACCAUGUGAGGCUGGUGAAAAAAUUAGCUACGGGGUCACUAUUUUUCUGUCUCAAACCGUUAACUUGAUGCUAGUUUCCGAACUUAUGCCACGAGGCGGGAAAAGUGUCCCGAUUUUGGGACAAUACCUGCUAACUUCAAUAAUUUUCAUCGUUUUGUGUCUUUUGACGACGAUUGAAAUCAUCUCGAUUUACGCCAACCCAUUCCCAGAAAACGCUAUAGGUCAACGCAAACUGAAGUUUAUUUUGAAAAGGUUAACCCCAAUUAUGGGGCCAAAACUGCCGAGAAAAAUGAAAAAGGUAUGCAAGGUCAACCCUGAAAUCGAAACUGCAAUUGCCAAUCUGCAUGUCAAUGGAAACGCUGUUCUAAAGGAACAAAAACGCGACCCAAAGAAAACCAAUGGACAAAUUCACUACUCUACAAAGACAACUUGCAAUAACAACGAGGAAUACCAGAAGAUGACCAAGCGUGAAGAAAUAAUUAUUGCAUGCGAAACUCUGAACAGAUUCGGGCUCUUUUGUUCGUUCACGUUUUUGACUGUCCUGACUUUUGUUUACAUAAUGUUGUUGACUCACCAAUCAGGCGCGGAGCCUCCGCAAAAUUUGAUGUUGGCCGUUUGAAAACAAAUAAUUACCCAGGAAAACUAACUUUAGAC